GAUUGAGUGAGUUUGGCACUGGCGACGACGUCGGCACGAGUCUUUGCUCUGUCCCUGGUGUCACCGCCGCAUGGAAAGGACCUUUUGUGUGAACUGUAUUUGAGGGUGGGUGCGUUUGAGCGUUCUAGAUUUGAUACUGGUGUAAUUAGUGUCGUGAUGCUGCCGAUUGGUUAGAUGGUGAUUUAGGUGUAAAGUGCGAACUGUGGAAGUUGAUGCAUGGUUUUAAAGUUGAAAAUUUCUCAAGUCAAGGUUACGUAGUAUCAAAAGACAGGUUUUGACGCACCCACACAACGCAAAGAUCAAUUGUCGAAAACAAUAUUUCUUACGACUAGUGACACACAGGAAAAAAGAACAAGCAGGGUAGGGGAGCAAAAUAUAUCGGAACGAUUCAGCAUCCACCCCUCACCAUCCUGUGAACCAGCUGUAUUUGGAUGGGUGUCUGUGUGUGGUGCCUCUGAGGGUGUUCGAAAGUGCGCACUGUGUGUGUUGGUGUCUUGGCUAGAGAAUUGGAGCGCGCCCGAAUGUCUGCCCGAAAUCGGUCGUGUGUAAAUCAGUUGGUUCGUGAUCCUUGCCGCAGCCAGUCGUGUGCAAAAAACUAGACCAUCUUCUCAGUUUCAGUACCGUUGUACUUUUCAUGGACACCUACGGUAUAAGUUGGGAGCCUUUGACUCCCUUAUUGGGUAAGACAUUCCUAGUAGAAGGGGGUAAAAAGGCGUAAAAGCUUUAUCGUUCUACAAGGGCGGAAGCCGUAAGCAAAAGUUGCUGAACUCUAAAGGAGAUUGCGUGUUUGGGUCUCAUUACGUGGGUAUUAAAAAUUGUUUAAAGCCGGAAGAAAGGCGCUACCAGAUAGCAACAACUACCUUCGCCGUCUGCAAGUGUUUUUGGUCUGAGAUUGCAUGACUCGCGAGGGUUUUCCACCAUCAAUGGAGUGUGAGUAUGAGCGCGUUUUUGUGUGCUGUUAAAUGUGAAUAGCAAGAAGUAUUAUAAUAUCAAAAAUAAAAAAAAAAACAAAGAGAAGAGAGAAUAGUAUGGAAAAAGCACUAAAGCAGUGGUUGCGAAAAGGAAAAUUUAGCACGCAAGUGGCCACAAGAGUUCUGCAGUGAAAAAUCGUUUUCCACCAAAGUGUGACGCGAAACUGGGGAUGUGUGUGAGGGUCCUUCAGCAGCAGGGUGGGAACCCAUUUUCCAGAAAGAAGUCGUCUGCACAUUUCUGCUGAGGCAAGACUGAAACAGCAAACGCGUGUUCCGAGAGACGUCAGUGGGGGUCGGAGAACCAUUUUUUGUGCUACUUGCGGUUGCUCCAGUGUUCGGUGAAUGUCCUAUACACGGUUUGGUAGUGCAGUCCUGGCCAAAUAGAUAUUUUGAAAACUAGUUUUUGUCGCAAACGGAUAGUGAAAAGUGCAACUGGGGAAGUUGAACGAGCGAUUUAGGAUUUGAUAAUUAGCUGUUUGUGAUUGUACGGUGUUAGCUAUUGUGUCCGAAUAAAUUGGAAUGUGAUUUUGAUAGCAGAUACAUUUGAAAAAAGAUUCGACAUCGAAAGAGCAGCACAUUUUGAUCAUUUAUAAGAAAAACAUGAUCGUUUCUUGACCGGAAAUUGCUUUUCACCACUCACCGCUGCCAUUUUCAUUGUUCCUGCCCCAGCCAUUACCAUCCCUCCCGUAGGACCAGAGCAGUUCUGGACGACCAACGCAAUUCGAGGAGCAGAUCAGAACAGCAGCAAUUUCGGUUCUACCGCACUCUCUCUCUUUCUGUUUCUCGUCAUCAUUGGGAGUUCGCUGGCGCAAUCGAUUUCGUCAAAAUUGUCGCCCCACGGCAACCUGGUGGUGGGGUGGUCGGUGGAGGAGGAGCAGCAGCAGGGAAGAGUUGUUGUUGUAGCAGCAGCAGCAGCAUCAGGACAACUCCGUGUAUCGUUCCCGACGAGCUUGGCCCCGUGGUGGAACAACGACGCUGGCCGGGACAACGCAGAGAGAUGAGAUGAGGCUGCUACACGGCGUUAGUUUCAUCAUUUUCGCUGCCGUUUCAGUAUGCGCGGGAAAUCCUGAUGCAAAACGUCUCUACGAUGAUCUUCUCAGCAACUACAACAAACUAGUUAGGCCUGUUGUGAAUGUCACAGACGCAUUGACCGUAAAAAUAAAGCUCAAACUGUCCCAACUAAUUGAUGUGAAUUUGAAAAACCAAAUUAUGACCACCAACCUAUGGGUAGAGCAGACGUGGUAUGACUACAAACUCAAGUGGGAGCCAAAAGAGUACGGUGGCGUGGAAAUGCUGCACGUUCCCUCCGAUCACAUCUGGCGGCCGGACAUUGUGCUGUACAACAACGCAGAUGGAAACUUCGAGGUGACACUGGCCACGAAGGCCACACUCAACUAUACAGGCCGCGUCGAGUGGCGGCCACCGGCCAUCUACAAGAGUUCCUGCGAGAUCGACGUGGAGUACUUUCCCUUCGAUGAGCAAACGUGUGUGAUGAAGUUCGGCAGCUGGACGUACGAUGGCUUCCAGGUAGAUCUUCGUCACAUCGAUGAAGUUAACGACACUAACGUGGUGGAGGUGGGUGUGGAUUUGUCCGAAUUCUACACCUCGGUUGAGUGGGAUAUCCUCGAAGUUCCUGCAGUGAGAAAUGAAAAAUUCUACACAUGUUGUGACGAACCGUAUCUUGAUAUCACCUUCAACAUAACUAUGCGUCGCAAAACACUGUUUUAUACCGUAAACUUAAUUAUCCCUUGCAUGGGCAUCAGUUUUCUAACGAUACUGGUAUUUUACCUGCCGUCGGAUAGUGGUGAAAAGGUAUCGUUAAGCAUAUCCAUCCUGCUCUCGUUGACUGUGUUCUUCUUGCUGCUGGCGGAAAUCAUUCCACCGACGUCACUAGUGGUGCCACUGCUGGGGAAAUUCGUACUCUUCACUAUGAUCCUCGAUACGUUCAGUAUAUGUGUCACCGUGAUUGUGCUCAACAUUCACUUCCGAUCGCCACAAACGCACACGAUGGCGCCGUGGGUGCGCACGAUCUUCAUCAACCAUCUGCCGAAGCUGCUGGUGAUGCGCCGUCCAAUUUACCAGCCGCUGCACCAUUUUAGUGCCGCUUCGCAAAGAUUUAUGUUGCGCUCAUGCCGUGGAAUGGGCGGCGACAAUAUCCCACCGCUGCCGCCGACUAUUGCGUUUGAUCCCUCGGUGCUACUCGAUCAUCAUCUGCUCGAUUCCAGCGACAGCAUAAACACAUGCCGAUUACACGGCAGUCCAACGCAUCAUCCUCAUCACCACCACAGCGGUGGCGGCAGCCAUUAUCACCAUCAUCUGAUGGAUGACUUAGCACUGCCCUACCAGGAUCACAACCAUCACAAUUCGCCGAUGUCGCCGAUAAAUCUGAAUCUGCUGUCAUCGGUCAGCACAGCAGUGCCCAAUCCGCACCAAACGGUGCCGUCCGGCGGAGGUGGGCUGUCGAGUGCCGGCGCGGCUCUGCUUGAUCCCCAUAGCGCCUUCCAGACGAACCUGGCGGGUGGACUCCUCGGAGCAGGAGCCGGCAAAACUAGCACCAAUGUGAUAAUUAACACUGCAACUAACACUACUACUAGGAGUAAUCUAAGCUGUUGUAAUAAUCUUUUCCUCAACGAUGGACGAACCGGCGGUUUAGAUAGUAGUAGCGCUCAAUUAACAAACAAUAACAUCCUGGGCAUUGACGCGUCGACGGCCGUGCCAAGUGUGCCGAUCAUCAACACGACGGUGGACAGUGGCCUCGGUGGAAGUGGCGGCGGCACCACCGACGGUGGCAGCAAGGACAAGUCGUCGGUGGGCGCGCGCAAUCGAUGGCUCACGUGCCCCGAGCUGCACAAAGCAAUGGACGGAGUCACGUACAUCGCGGACCACACGCGGAAGGAGGAGGAAAGCACAAGGGUAAAGGAAGACUGGAAGUUUGUGGCGAUGGUGCUGGAUCGGCUGUUUCUGUGGAUUUUCACCAUCGCGGUGGUGUUCGGAACGGCCGGCAUCAUCCUGCAGGCACCAACGCUGUACGACACCCGGGUACCGAUCGAUAUCAAGAUGUCGGAGAUUGCGACGACCACUGCAAAACCGUACAUUGCCAAACCGGUGUUAUAAUCAAGCACCCGUUACCCGCUACCCAUAUUCUUGGUGGUCGUCGUCGUCGUCCUUGGCCCGGAGUUGUUACUGCGGUAAAGCGCUGCUUCUUGCUUUUGUUCUUCGGUUUUUUCACUCCCGUGGAAGACAAGGCCUGAAGAUUUAACACCCAGCGGGAUCCACAACAUCUAUAUCAGAGAGCCGAGUGGGACGGGAAGGACUAAAUAAAAGAUAGACUAGAGAAGAAGGAAAAAACUGGGGCCGUUCAACACGCGUGAACGGUGGAGGUUGUAGACAGGAGAAAGUUUAUAAAGUAUUUUUAAUUCCUCUCAAGUGGUUUAACAUUGAAGGAGCACAAAAAAGUAGAAGAACCAGCAGAGAAUAUAAAAAAGUGUGUCUUGUUUCCAUUGUUUAUUGAGAGGACUGAACUGUUUAAAAUUUUAUUAACGUUUUAAACUUGCUGUAGAGAUUUUCGAGCGUCUAAUUGAGGUUAUCUUGGACAACAACAGUUUUUCUUUUUGUAUUUGCCCCAAGAGUAAGCACACAACACCUAGAAAAAGUUAUACCGUUGUAAUUAGAUCAUUGUUGAAAAGUAAUGUUACUAUCGAGUUGGAAGCGUGAAUGGAUCUUUAGUAUGUGGUAAACCAGAGGACGGUGCAUUUAAUCAAUUUGCGUCACAUGAUAGGUGCGAUGACGUUUUAGGAUUAAUAUGUUCGUUAGGUUAGUUGAGAUUUUGUUGUAGAAUAUGUGUAUUUUUCGUUAGCAGGUUCAAAACCAACUGAUGAAAAAAAUAAUGUUUUCAAAUUAAACAAAAUGUUCACUGCCAGAUCCUACAGGUUUUGCGUUCAAUUCACUUAACAAAACACGGUGAUAUUAGUUCAAAUUUCACAAAAAAAAAAAAAACAAAUCAAUCUCGUACUCCUAACGUAGCUACCUAUUUAACUGUCGAGAAAACUUCUUUCCCUUCGUUGCGAUUCACCAUCAGUUCUGCCUUUCCUUCACGCUUCAGAAGUCACAACGAACACACUUCAUACAAAUUAAUCAACUUGAAUGUUUAUAAAGCGCACAUUCGUGGAGAUUUUAUCUACGUGCUCAAAAAUCGAGAUUAUCCGUUUUUCAAUGUGAAAUCGACUAAGCAAUUGUCUCGAAUAAUUAUUAGGAACAACUUAAAACAUCAUUUGGACGGACUCAAUAAUACUGGAUUGAGCUGGCACACCUUCAUCAUCAUUCGUAAACCAUACCCAACACGAACAACUUAGAAUGCACAAAUACUACCAACGAAGAUAUCAUUCACUGGCAGAACAUAACACAAAUCUUAAAUUCACUAACAUGAAUCAAAUCUAGCUAAAUGAUAAUAGUUCUUUUGCUCUAAAUACUUUAAUCUUUCACAAACUCGACACGUUUUUUCCCCUCACCACACACGUUCACCUCCCAAACCACUCACUUUUCAAGGUGAAUCGAACCAAAAACUAAAUAGAAUCACACUUAGCUCACACAAAUCAAACGUUUACUUGCUCACUAGCAGAGAGGAAAAGAACUCACCUGGAAAUAGAAAAUGUUCUCACACACUCACUUACUAACUUCUGCUCACAUCUUUCACCUUGAUAAACCCAAACUAACCAAACACUGUAUCACAAACAUUCAACUAGGAAAAAAUCAAAUUAAUAAUAGACACACACACAAACAAAACAAAACGCGGAAAGAAGGAGGAACAAGAAGAAGGGAUAGCGCAUGAUUUUUUAUAGUCAGUGAAAGAAAGCGAACAGCUAAAGUAAUAGCAACUAACGACAAAAAUUGAAAUAAAAGGUUAACUUAAAACGGAAACAAAACACUAUUUAAUAUUUUAUUUUUUAAACAAAACAAAACAACAGAGUACUAUGAUAAAAAAACUAAAAAAAGGGAAGAAAAUACGUUUAUAUACAUAGCUAAACAAAUAAAAGAAAAGUAUAGAGCAGAUAUCGAUAUAGAGACAGAGAGAUAAAAAAGCAAACACACUCACACACACACACAUAGAGCAGUAACGAACAAAACAAAUGAGAGAAAGAAAAAAAAUGUAUGCAGAUAAAACGUACUACAUUUAAGGUAGAUGAGAUUUCUUUUAAGAAGAUUUUUUGUACAAUUUUACUCGAGUACGUGAGAUCGAUUUUGAGAAACUUAAACCAAUUUAAUAAUGAAACGAAUUCGAAGCUAGAACUAGUGUCACGUGAUAGCGAAACAACAAACGAACAAUAGGGCAGCGUAGUUUGUGCUAUAGCUCUCGGCAUCAUCGUCAUCAUCACAACACAAUCAAGUGGUUCGAUGAGCAUAAAUCUAAGUCGUGAGUAAAAACGGAGCGGGCUCUCCAUCCUUACGCAUUCCCACAUAUUUUUUUAUGUUGUGAAGUUCCAGCAAUUCAAUCGUAUUUAAUUUAUUUUUCAGUUUAAUUUAUACAAGAUCUUCCGAAGUUUCGAUGAGCCUAAAUUUUCUUAUGAGCUUUUUCUCAAAGUCAAACUCGACUUCAGUGACCUCAAGUUAGAACAUUUUCAGUGAUUAUUUUCUUGUUAUAUUUAAAAAAAAAGUUUUAAAUUUAUUUACUCUAUAGCCGCAUUUUGACCACCGUCUUGGCUAAAACAAUUCCAGACCAUUUUUAGAGUUGAAAUUAAAAUUAAAUAUAUCUCUAUUGAACAUUCUUAUAAUAAAUACAUUUCAUUUACAUUCUAAGUGGUAUGGAAAAAUGUUGUUCGUCUUUGUUGUAUUUUUCGUUUUAUUAUCAACUGUUUACAUUCAUUUAUCUACUUCAAACUGUUUUACAUUUUUGCAUUGGAUCGAAUACAAUUAAGUAAAAAAAAUCAAUUUAAAUUUUAGAGCUAAUGGAGGCGUUCACGGAGAAGAUCCGAAAAUGGCGAUGGUCCACGCUCCAUAUAAAAAAAAUAUCUGUAUGGUCAAUUGUCCACAAAAAUUGGGGAGAUGGGAGGGGGGUUGUUAAGAUUUCCAAGAGUCCACGUAAUUUAUGGAUGAUUCCUGAGCUUUAUUAAAUUUUAGGGUGACAUAGUAUUUUAACAGAAAAAUUUGACAGAAAUCUUUGCGAAGAAGUAUAGAAAUAUGGUUGGCAGGCUUAAGAGGCAGUAUUUGUAAAUAUUGCUCGGUUUGUUCUAGAGGUCGUAUCGAGGUGCUCCGAUUUGGAUGAAACUUUCAGCGUUUGUUUGUCUAUGCAUGAGAUGAAAUAUUGGGUAUUGGGUAUUGAAAUAUCGAAAAAAUCAAAUCAAAUUAUUCGCUCUACAGCAUUGCCUUGGCGUUCUCGAUUGCGAGAUUCCUACUCGAAACUAGGUGUCCGAAGGCUUUUUUACACCCAAGCUUCCAUCCAUCCCGGGAUUCGAACUGACGACCUUUGGAUUGAUAGUCCAACUGCCUACAAGCGACUCCACCGAGACAGGACCCAGGGAGACGACUCCUACACCUAGACUGAGCUAACGACCUAACCUUUUUAGGUUAGUCCGGGGCCAACUGGGAUCGAACCCAGGCCGACUGGGUGAGAGGCAAUCACGCUUACCCCUAAACCACGGUCCCGGCUCACACAUCGAUAUCGAAAUAUCGAUAUAUAUAUAUUUGAAUGUUCAAUGUCUGCAUUUAUUUUGAAUUUCUUGAAUAUGUAAUUUUCAGAUAGUUAAUCACUUCUCAGAUUGUCAAUUUAUUCGAAAUACUUUCCUCGUCAAUAUCAAUCAGUAGUUUUCAACAAUGCUCUUUCAAAAGUAAAAAAAAGUAGCCUUUAACAGCACCCAAUGCCCAAUUUCAAAUGUAGUAUUACUGAAAAAAAAAAUUCUGCGACUAAGGACAAACCACCACAGACUGUUCAGUGAUGUGAUGAUGAUUGAUGAACCCAAAAGAGAGGACAAUGGAAUGAACGUACAGGCAACAAACAAGAAACUUUGUGCGCCCUCAACCGAACAGUAAUGCGAAGAGAACGAAGCAGGAGAAAAAAAAAUGGCGCACGGCCAGGUGCCGGACAUGCUGCUACCAUUCGUGUUUGUUCCGCGGUGCGCUCCAUUUCCGGAGCAAUGCGGUGUGUAAAUGAGUAGAAAGGGGGUAAAUGGAACAGAGAUUGGUGGUGGAGAGCACUCCUACCGUAACAGUCACUGUGCUAGAGGAGAAGUGAAAGAGCACAACACAACUCACAAAGAUAUUGUAUGCGAGAGGAAAACGAUAAGUGAUUUUAUUGUACAUGAGACAAGAUGGAAAGAAAAGCAACAAACAAGUGAAAAAUAAAUGAGUCUGUAAAGUAAAAAAAUGAUAUUUUUCUCUGUUAAAUGGAAAGAUGUUUAAGGUUGGGUACAGAAGGAUUCUAUUUAAAUAUCCGUUAUCAAUAACAUCGUUGGUAAUCUGGCCUUGCGAGUUUGAAAUUCCAUCAGGAUGCAUGAAUAAUAAUGCACUUUGUAAGAAAGCUCUAAGAAAGUGAAGUUUCUGCUGCUGAGAUGAGAUCUAGUUACCACCCUAUUGAUUUUGAAGUUCCUGUUUGAAUAAUAAUCAACAUGCUUCAAUUGCUGCUGCACACGUGUCUUGCUUGAAGGGGACCGUUUUACUACUGCAUGAGGGAGGAUGUUAACUGAAGUAAAGAUGGAUAAACCAAACUGCUAUUCUGUUAUGAAUUAAAUGAUAUUUACACUAGAGGUGCAUGACAAAGUGUGCAGUAAAUCUCCUAGUUCUGUCCUAAUCUAUGUUGUAACUAAAAUCUAGCUAAAACAUCACCCGAUUGACUUAUGGGUUUUUUUCUGCUAAAUUUUCUUGCUAAAACCAAUUAACUCAUUAAGUCAACCAGACAAUGCCUCAACUUUA